AACAGCGUCUAUUAAGUCGGUGUGCACCUUGCAUGUGUGCUGGAGCCGUGCUUUCUGGGUGCCGAGUCGGGUCCAAGCCUCGGAUAAGCUCCGCCCCUUUACGAGCAUCGGACACCUCCAGCACAACAAAGCAUGUGUGGCGCCGCAACAUUGUUCCUUAUCUGAACGUGCAGAAUACGGGAUUUUGCAUAUUUUGACUUCUUCUUUGCUCUUCCCUAUUGAUGCGCAACCCGCAGUAGUGGCUACCAUGACAACAGAAGCCAGUGCCGUGAGCGAGGCGGACACUGAAGGCAAGCAGAAGGCUAGCGCCGCUGAACCCGAACCUGAGAACAAGCAGAGUCCAGAGGCAGCGGCAUCGGAGCCGGAGGGCGAGCAGUCCAGCAAGAAGGGGCAGGCCGCUGAGCCCGCCGCCGAUGCGGCUUCCUCCCCCGAAGAGGAGCAGCUGAAACCUCGCACCAGAACUUCUGCCGGCAAAGGCCUCUCUCGUCUCUUUUCCUCUUUCCUUAAGCGCCGCUCGCAGUGCUCGGAAGGAGAAGGCUUUGAGGCAGAGAAAGCCAGCGAGGAAAAGCAAGACAAAGAAGAACAGGCUGGGAAAGCGGAGGAAGAGAAAGAAGAAGAAAAAGUGAAAGCUGAGGAGAAGAAUGCUGUCCUAGAGGAGGAACCCGAUUCGAAAGAGGUCAAACGGAGCGAAGAGAAACCGCAAAAGGAGGAAAAGAAGACUGAGCCGGAGAAACUUGAGAAGAAAGGUAGCAAGAAGAAAAAGAAAGAAAGCAAGAAGAAAACUGAGGAGAGGGAUGCUGAGAAAGUGAAAACCGCAGAGGAGGAGAAAAAGGAAGAGGAGCAAGACGAGAAGAAAGAGGAGGAGAGGAUAGAGGAGCCCAAAGAAGAGGCAAAGGUAGAGGACGCUGUGGAAAUAGAAGAAGAAAAAUUGGAAACAAAAGAAGUUAAGAGGACCGAAGAUAAAUGCACUGAAACGGAGCCCGAAAAGGAGGAGGAAAAGGUUGAUAAAAAGGGAGCCAAGAAAAAGGAGAAGGAGGAGAAGGUGAAGAAAAGGGAAGAAGAAAAAGUGAAGAAAAAAGCAGAGGAGGAAGAAAAGGCAAGGAAGAGGGAGGAGGAGAAGGAGAAGAAGAGAGAGGAGGAGAAGGCAAAGGAGGCAGAAAAAGCCAAGAAGAAGGAGGAGGAAAGGGCCAAAAAGAAGGAGGAGGAGGAAAAAGCAAAGGAGGAGAAAAAAAAGAAAGAGGAGGAAAAAUUGAAGGAGGCUAAAAGGAAAGAGGAGGAAAAAUUGAAAGAGGCCAAAAAGAAAGAGGAGGAAAAACUCAAGGAGGCCAAAAGGAAGGAGGAAGAGAAAUUGAAAGAGGCCAAAAAGAAGGAGGAGGAAAAAUUGAAGGAGACAAAAAAGAAAGAAGAAAAAUCAAAGGACGCCCAAAAGAAAGAAGACGAGACAUCGACGGAGGCCAGAACAAAAGAAGAGGAAACACCGAAGAAGAAAGACGAGGAGAAAUUAAAAGAGGGCCAAAAGAAAGAAGAGGAAAAAUCGAAAGAGCCCAAAAAGAAAGAAGAGAAGGCAAAGAAAAAGGCAGAUGAUAAAAAGGAAGAAGACAAAGGGAAGAAAAAGGUGAAAAAGGGAAAAAAAGAAGAAGAAAAGGCUCAAAAAGUCAAAGCACCAAUUGCUGCCCCAGAACCGGAACUGAAAACUGAGCCAGAAACUGAACAAGCUCCCGAUCAGCACUCAAUCAGCAGCGCAGAGAUGCAGCCAGCUCAGGAGGAACCCAAGGAAGAAGCCACAAUCAAGGAGGAGCCCGAGAAAGAAGAAGAUGCAGAAGUGGACGAGAAAGAAGCAAAGGCAGAUGAAGAGCCCAAGGAGGAAAAGCCUGCAAAAGAAAAGAAGACGGAGAAGAAGGGUGACGAUGCCAAAGGCUCCAAACGACAGAAAACCAUUCAGUGCAAAGUCACGUUGUUGGAUGACACUCAGUACGAGUGUGAGCUCGAUAAACACGCUAAAGGACAGGAGCUCAUCGUUAAAGUGUGCGAGAACCUCAAUCUGCUGGAGAAGGAUUACUUCGGCCUUGCUCACUGGGAAACACCAACCUGCAAGACAUGGCUGGAACCCGCCAAGGAAAUCCGCAAACAGGUGCCAGGUGCUGUCUACAACUUUACUUUCAACAUAAAGUUCUAUCCACCUGACCCGGCACAACUUACCGAAGACCUCACAAGGUACUAUUUGUGUCUUCAGCUGAGGAAGGACAUCAUGAGUGGGGUUCUUCCAUGCUCCUUUGUCACCCUGUCCUUGCUGGGAUCUUACACAGCACAGUCAGAACUGGGUGAAUAUGACCCGGAACUCCACGGAGCUGACUAUGUUAAAGAUCUUAGUCUGGCUCCUGGACAGAGCAAAGAGUUGGAGGAAAAGGUGAUGGAGUUGCAUCGUACAUAUAGGUCAAUGAGUCCAGCCCAAGCUGAUAUGCUGUUCCUGGAAAAUGCCAAGAAACUUUCAAUGUAUGGUGUGGACCUUCAUCAAGCCAAGGAUCUCGAUGGUGUCGACAUUACACUUGGAGUUUGCUCCGGUGGUCUGAUGGUUUAUAAGGACAAGCUGAGAAUCAACCGUUUCCCUUGGCCAAAAGUUCUCAAGAUCUCUUACAAACGCAGCAGCUUCUUUAUUAAAAUCCGGCCGUCUGAGCAAGAACAGUACGAAAGCACAAUCGGCUUCAAGUUACCAAACUACAAAGCUUCGAAGAAGUUAUGGAAAGUUUGCGUUGAACAUCACACCUUCUUCAGGGCAACAACAACCGAGCCUUCCUCGUCGCGUCGUUUCCCCGUCCUGGGGUCCAAGUUCAGGUACAGCGGACGCACCCAGGCCCAAACCCGGCAAGCCAGCUCCAUGAUCGACCGCCCCGCCCCUCGCUUCACACGCUCUGCCAGCAAACGCCUCUCCCGCAAUUUAGAUGGAGACAAAAGUCUCUGGAGCAUCACGGCAUCGACCAGGUGUGAGGUUGAUGACUGGUCGUCGAUGCUCGUUUCUGAAAACCCCUACCCUUCCCUAGAAUUUCUAGCUAAAGGUGAGUCUGAAGGGACGUUUAGUCACUCCUGGAAUAUUCAGGCGGGCAGUCGGCCGUGGUGGGAUCUCUGUUCCGAUGCAGAGCUCCGGACGAGAAAAGAAGAUGAAUGGUCUACCUUGGUGGACCGAGAUCCUCCUUUCUCAUUUUCUCCAUCUUUCGAUUUUGUAGAAAGGCCAGCUAAGCUCAGCUUGGCAUCAAUGAGUUCUAUUGACAGGCUGUCGCAACCAGCACAGGAACGACAUCAUGAUUGGUUCCUCUACUUUGAUCCAAUCCCCAACCGUUCCUUGUAUAAGCAUGUCGAUAAACCUCAGCCCCAGCUCCUGGAUGAGGAGACUAUGAGUGAGGAAGAAGAGCUGACAGAGGAGGAAGUCAUUGAGAGGCUAGAGGAGAUGAUGAUUAUGGUGGAGAAGCUAGAAGAGAUGGAAGACAUAGAGAGGAGGCUGAAAAAAGUUAAAGAUUUAGAAGAGCGACUCCAAGAAGUAGAAAUCAUGUCUGAUAAGAUCCAAGAAGUGAUAGAAGAAGAAUUAGGCGAACAAGAAGUCGCCUUACUAAAGGAUGAGGAACUACAGAAAGAAAGUAAAGCCAUAACACGGACUGUGUUGAAAAAUUCCGUGAUGACCGUGAUGAACCUGAAUGAGGGCGACGUGAAGGAUGAAUUAGAGGAGCAAAUCAAAGAGGUGUUUUUAAAAGGCCUUUUGGACGAUGACGACGAUGCUAAAAAUAGCAUAGAUGGGCAUGUGUUUGAAUAUAGUCUGAGAGAGAAGGUACGUCAGAUAGGAGAGGAGUGGAAAGAUCUGAUGGAGGACAAGGCUUCUUCUCAGGUAGCUUAUCAGACAGAGGUCAGGACAAAGACAGUUUCUUUUGAGGAUCAGACAUCGCAGAGGCUUGAUUCGGUGGAACAUACACUUCUGAAGAUCAUUUCAGAAAAGACUGGUGAGACUGGAGUGACGAUAGAAAUACUGGUGGAAAGAGCUGAGGAGGAAGAUACUGAGGACAAAAAUGGAUCUUCACGAGACAAAGAGAAAGAUAUUUGGUCCGUGCUUUUUGACCGUCCACCGUACACGCCCGUUAUCAAACCGUCAGUUACAUCGGUGAAAGACGUUACGUUGGAGGAGGGUGAGUUUUUCACUUCCAAAUUAGUGAUUACAGCAGAUAAAAAGGUCUUACGAGAAGAACAGCCUCUAGAGGACAUUCCAUCACCACGGACUAUUCUAGAAAGAGAAGAUGACUGGUUUGUGUUGCUGGAUGCCGUCCGCAGAUUUGUAAAAGCAGUUACCUUGAAGGAACCAGACCAGACGGAAGCAGAAGGUUUGCUCUCUAUGGUUGAAAAGGAUGACGAGAUUAGGGAGGUGCAAAUUGAAGAGGCAGAGAUAAGCGAAGAAGCGCCGACGUAUCGUCGAGAAAUCCAACAACAGUCGGUGAAGGAACGGGACGAUGACCGGUUUGUGUUGCUGGAUGUUGUUUCCAAAGAAAGCACUUUUGUAGCACCAGUUGCUGUUGAUGUUUCGACUAAAGAAGACGUGACAGUUGAUAUGAGGUACGAACCCGUUGAUGUUGUGGUCAUCGAAGAGCCAAAAAUAAACGAGGAUUUAAGCGUGAAUGAAGUCACAAAGAUGUCACGAGGUGGAAGAGAAAUAGAUGACGAUUGGUUUUUACUGCUGGACGUUGUCAGCAAAGAACCGCAAUUUGUACCGCCAGUGACGUGGAUUCACACUUACUCUGAAAAAAGAAUUUCUGCUGUGAUUGAAAAAAGAAUGGAGGUUGUAGUCGAAGAGACUUCUAGGAAAAUGUAUCCCGAGGUGAAAAUAUUCCCCUCAGUCAUCAAAAGAGAUGACGACUGGUUUUUACUGCUGGAUGUUAUUCCGAAAAAAACGACUUUUAUACCUCCAGUUGCCCUACCAAUGAAGGCUAAAAUCUCUCCAGAUGUCGGACCAGUGAUUGAAAUAAAAGACAUAGAAAUGAAACCGGUUCCGGUUUCUUUGGACCAGAUGAGCCCAUCUCAAAUCCAACCAGAGAAAGACGAUGACUGGUUUGCGGUAUUUGAUGCCGUUCGGGAACCAGCCGUUGUAUUUCUACCAGACACCUCUGUUGAAAUUACUCCAGCUACAAGGAAGCCCUUUGAGGCUGAGGUGUUAACCACUGUGACUAGAACAUGGGACACGGUGAUAAUUGGUGAGAACAGCAGGUUUGAUGAGACACCAAGUUCAGAAACGAGACCGCUUGUACCAACAUCAACUCAAAAAGAAGAUGAUUGGUUUCAACUGUUCCCAAAACAAACCAUCCUAGAAAAGACAGUUCCUGUACCAUCAGUUGCCAUGGUUAAGAAUGUCGAAGUUGUGACCGUGGCUAAAGAAAUAAAACAAAACGCCAGAGUAGAAGAAACGAGGCCGCUGGUGAAGUUAGUUGAAAGGAAACCUCAACCGCGAGAGUUGGAUGAUGACUGGUUUGUGUUUUUAAAUGCGGUAAAAGUACCAGCGGCCGAGCCUAUCCGAAAGUAUCCUACCGUAGCUCCAUCUGAAGCUUUUACAGUUAAAGAAAAUAAGUCGCUACCGAGAUUUACUGUGGUGGAACAGAAGUGGAUGAAAGAGCAGCCACUUCAAACAGGGAGAAAGAUGGAUGAUGAUUGGUUUACUCUUCUAGACGUGGCUCCUAAAAAAACAGUCCCCGAACGGCUCAGAUACGUGGCAGCAGUUCCACGGAAGAGAACUUCAGAGAGCAAAACAAGGAUUUCUAUUGUUGAGCGACCCCAGUUUGAGAAACAGAUCCGGCAAGAAAGACGGCCUCUCAAAUAUACUCAUGUCCAUGAUGAUUGGUUUGUUCUACUUGACGUUAGCCGUCGAAAGCCAGUGCCGACCACACAGAGAAGCACCCGUCCCGUCAGCGCUCCAGUCUUCUCCCAAGCUGCUCUGGCUGAGGCCGGAAUUCCAAUGGCACCCUUUGACCAGCUGCAGACCUCCACUCCGAUCAGGACUGCAAUCAAAGAGGAGAGGAACCUCGAGGUCACUUUAGAAGUUGUCGAACCAUCAAAAAUCGAGGACAAGUCAGCAGUAUGGACUGACCAGAGAAAUGACUCCUCACUGACACUUUCCAUCAAUGGGGACAUUCAGUCUGAGGUGACGAGCGGAGAAUUGGUGCAAUUGCGAAAGAGAAGAGAUAAGAAAAUUGAGGGUGGCUCAAUUUAUAUGAGACAUAGCCUUUUAAUGUUGGAGGAGUUCGACAAGCCUCAGGAGGACCUGCUCAGGCAUCACGCCAGUAUCAGCGAGCUGAAGAGGAACUUCAUGGAAUCUCUGCCGGAAUCCAGGCCGAGCGAAUGGGAGAAGCGUCUGUCCACGCACUCGCCGUUGCGUACUCUGGGUGUCAACGGUCAGCCCGGUGCAGAUGGGAGCCUGCACAUUAGUCCGCUGUGCAGAGGUUCAGAGACCAGGGCAGCACUCAAGGAGAAUUUGGGCUUUUCCAACAAGUCCAAUCCCAUUGUGAGCCUCCAUCAUAGUGCCGUGGCUCCUGCCAGAGUUGCUUUUGACAAGUCAUGUGAUCAGGAAGCACUUGUGGUGAUUGGCUCAUCCAUGGUGCCAAUGGUAGAGGUGGAGAUGAUGCAACCGUUUUCCUCCCUCGACCCCGGCAGUAAAUUUUUAGAUGAGACCCAGAAAGAAGAAAGUUCAUGUCCCAGAUUUUCGGAACGCUCUGGGAAUAUAACUGGAUCUUCUCCGGCUUCCUGUUUUAUGAGCGGUGGUCCACAGGUCAUACACAGCUUCCAGCCGCCUCUGGUGCAGACCCACACAGUCACCAUCACAGCUGUCCCCAACUCCUUACCCAGUGGCAUCUCCACCACAGAAGUCCCUAUCGUCCCAACCAAGACCGUCACCUAUGAGUCUGCAAAGGGUGCAGUUGAUGGAACAGAAGAGGACAAAGAAAGCACAUUGUCCAUUUCGCAGACCUCCGAAACCAUCAGUGGCACCUCCGUCACUACCACCACUACACACAUCUCAAAGAUUGUGAAAAGUGGCUCCUCAGAGACUCGUGUUGAGAAAAGAAUCGUCAUAACUGCCGACAGUGACGUUGACCAGGAUAAGGGGAAAGAUGGUGGUGCUUCAGCAUUGUAACUGAGCAGCAUAAGCAGCUACUCCUUUGGCUAUCCAUCCUUCUCCCCCUUGGUCAGAGUGCAGCACUCAACACACACUGACUGAGCCACUCUCAACGCACGCACACAUGUCUCUGAAUGUGCACCCGGUAGCAGAAUCUGCGUAGAUCGUGUUUGUUUUUGUUCUCUUUAUGCUUUGAGCUGUUCAUAGAAUGUUAGAGGAGGGCUGCACCGUGUUGAUCAAAUCUCACCUGCAAAAGAUCUGAAAAGCUUCUCACAUCCACUUCCAUUGUUUUAAAACUUAUUUCUCUUUAAUCGUAGCAGAUAUGUUUGCUUUUAAACACGUUUACUUCCCUUUUUAAUCUUUUUUUUGUUUCACAUAUGCACUGUUUCUGAGUUAAUUUCGUCAGUGUUCACUAUUCAGGGAACUCUUCCUCUUUCUUGUUGUGUAUUCAUGCAUUACCUUCAGGAGAAACAUUUGGAUGAAAUUAUGUAGCUCGCCUUGAUUCAUACAUUAAGAUAAUUCUGUGCACUAAUUGGGACAGUUGUUUGGUUUCGCUCAGGAAAAAGAACCAAAAUUUCCUUCUUUUACAACCAGCCGACAACCUGUAGCCUACACGUUCUUGUAAAGUUUGAAUUAAAACUCAAUCUAUUUUGACAUAUUUCUCUAUUUUAUAGGUGUAAUGCUUUUAUAGUGUUUGUACAAAUUGAAAAAUUUUAAGUUAUUCAUAGCCCCCCCCCCCACUCAUUUAAAUUGUGGUGUUGACUAAAGUCAAGGUCUCUUUUGAAGACUUUUCUUCUAUGAUUCGUUCUUCCUCUGGUCAGUCAGCGUGCUCUUCAUCAGCCGCUUUGAAUAUAUUUGGUUGAUCCAUAUUGAAAGCUUUGGUCUGUUUCUCUCAGGUUUAAUAUACGUACUUUGCAAGACCACACACCUCAAUCGGAAUGUAUGAGGAAUGCGCAUAUAUUUAUAUCUGCCCCUACUUUUAAUGUACAUGUUCAUCCACGUGACAUUGAGAGAACCUGUUCUCACGAGAAUUUCGAGGGAAUGCCUACAAAAAUGGAGGGCACUUCAAAAGGCUUCUCUUGGAAUCAUUUUAUAAUCAUAUUUCCCCCUCAUCUCCUACCCAUUUACAUUUUUUGUACGGGGUUCUGGAAAACAGUCAAAUUUGAACAAAUAUUGUGCGUAACUUUUUGUACAAUUUUCCAAGUAAACUCUUGCGGGAACACGUUGCGCUCGUUGCUCGACUCAGUAAAGCGCAAGUGGAAGGCGAAGGCAGCUGUCCUGGUAAAUGUGGCUUUUUUUUUUUUUGGGUCAUAGGAGCACAGGUUUGUUUUUUUUACAUGUUCUACUAUACAGUAAUUUAUUUGUAAAGUAGCAACUGUUUUAUGUGAUUUGAUGUACUGUGAUGUUACGAGCGAAAAAAGCUACUUCCAUUUAGAGAUGUCACAAAGUUUAUAUCAAGAAAGUUUGUAAAGCCUUUUACCACAUAGUCCAAGUUGCUUUGCUCUCACUUGCUGUCUAAUGUGCUUUUUUGUAGUAGAAGCUGUCAAACGCACCAGUCCCUCUUAUUAGACCACGUGUUUCUUUGUCUUGGUCGCAUAUUUUUGGUAGCUACAACAACAGCAACCUCCCCAGAAAAAAAAAAAAAUCUUAGAAUUUCACGUGGGAAAAAUAGAUUUUAGAUGGUGAAAAA